AAAAGCAAUGAGAAAAAAUUCUCAAAUUUAUUUUCAUUUUCUGUGUUAUUUUUUAGAUUAAACUAGCUAUAAUUCAACAGAAAUCUAAUUGAUUCUAUGUAUGUAUGAUUCAUACAGCGUAGCAUAAUUUGUAGGAAAUCCAAUGCGUAGAAACCUGUAAAUCGGACAUGUCAGAACUAAAUGCAGAGGAUGUGGAAUCAGAAAAUUUGAAAAUGAAAGGAAAUGCUGUCUCAGAUUCAGAGACAGAUGUAGGUACCAAUGGAAUUGCAACUGACCCACCAAAUAUGUCUGUCAUAGCAGAUGAUAUUAAGCUAACAACAACCAAAGUGUUGCCAAAUGGAUGCGUCAAACCAAAAACAUUGGAUAACAUCAUAUCAGCUUCUUCCAAAGUGGAUGUAAAAAAUGUUGCAUCUUCGGAGAAAAAUACAGACUCGGAUGAUCAAAAUGAUUCAAAUUCAUUGGAUACACACAUGCAAUCAGUCCCUAAGGAUAGCAGUACCGUGAAAAAACUUAUAAAUGAUGAAGCUCAAUCCGAACUGUCAUCAGACCUUGAAAAAAUGUCAAUACAUGAACCAAUAGAACUAGAAGGAGAGAGCAAACUCAGCUCCGAUAUCCCAGGAGACAGUACAACUAAAAGUUCAAUUACAUAUGUAGAAUACCAGUCUGAACUACAGAUGCCUGCUAUAAUGAGACUAGUAUCCAAAGACUUAUCAGAGCCAUACUCUAUUUAUACAUAUAGAUAUUUUAUACAUAAUUGGCCUCAGCUUUGUUUCUUGGCAAUGGAUGAGGAAAAGUGUAUUGGAACAAUUGUUUGUAAAUUAGACUUUCAUAAGAAAAUAGUCAGAAGAGGAUAUAUCGCCAUGUUAGCUGUUGACAAAGAUUAUAGACGGAGAAAGAUUGGAUCUAUUCUGGUGACAAAGUCUAUUCAAGCCAUGGUGUCCAAUGAUUGUGAUGAGGUGGUGCUAGAGACGGAAAUAACAAACAAAUCAGCAUUGCGUUUAUAUGAGAACCUGGGAUUCGUAAGAGACAAACGUUUAUUUCGUUACUAUUUAAACGGAGUGGAUGCCUUAAGGUUAAAACUAUGGCUUAAAUGAUGCAGAGUAAAAAAAUUAAAAUUGAAAUUUGUGGCGCUCAUUUUGUUGCACCAAAUGCAAGGGAAGAAAAUCAUUGAGAAGUAACGGCAAGAGGUGUGAAAUGGCAAGGCCAUUGUGAGAUCUUGAAAGAUGUAAUUUCCCAGAAUUCCUGUGUUAUUUGGCUGGAAAUUAGUGGAAAGGGAGCAUUUUACAUCAACAUUAAGGAGGAGUUCUUCAAAUCAAGAGGAGUUUUUUGGUACUUUUGUAUGAGCCAGUGGAAUAAAGUGAAUGUAAAAGCCAGUGGAAAAAAUCAACGUAAAAGCGAAUAUUUGUGUUGGGAGUUGAAGUUAGCUUCUGAAUCAGUCUAUCAAUAAAGCAAUUAGGGCAUGCUUGGAAUCAAUGAGGGCAUAUAUUCUGUUUAUGCCUAAUGUGUCCUUAUGGCUCUUUGUAUGAAAAUACAAGUAAAUGGCAAAGACAAAUUAAAUAAUUGCAGAAUUGAUUUAUGUUCAUUUUAAUCAAUUUUUGAACAGUGAAGAUGUCUAUAAUAAACACAUCUUACUAGAAGUAUCAAAUAAAAAUUGAUUUUAUUUUACUAUGAAGCUCAUUAAAUGCAAGAAAAUCAGUUGCAAAAUAUGGUAAAUGGGUACAUUCAGAUAAAAAGGUACAAUUUAUAUUACUAUUAACUAUACAAUUACAGACACCCCCUCAGUAUGUCCAAAAGGAGACUUACAGUUUUAAACUUUUUGAGGGGAGUGUUGGUCAAUUGAAUAAUGACAAAUUGAUAGUUUAUGAAGCAGUGUAUUAAUUUCUAGUUUAAGUAAUUUAUAAAAGGGAAUGACUUGCAUUUUAUUUUUCACUAAUAUUGAUAUUUAGUCUUCUGAUUUUACUGUAAAUUGGUAAAUCAGUACUUGUUUAAUAGCUACUUGUAAUUUCAGCUUUUGUGUGAGUAUUUUAUAUUGUUCAAUAAAAAC